GACGGCCACGGGGAGAGAGAUGGCAGGCUCGGGCAGCUCCCCAGCGGCUCCCGCGGUGAUAAAACUUGAGAAAUAACUAGGAGGGGCUGCUCUACGUCUCCUGGGUCCAAUCCGGUUUCAGGAGAGAACACGCUCCCGGGCAGACAAGCCUGAGAGAGGCCAAAGCGACUACAAGACAAGCAACAGCCAGCAAAGCUCCUCCCGCGCCUUUGCUCUGGGCUUCGCCGCCCUGCGCCCGCAUUCUCCUGCCACUGUCCCGCGCAGGCAGGGAUGGCCGCCGCCGGUCUCCGGGAGCCACUGCAUGAAGCCCUCUGCAUGCAACUGCUGCUGACCCUCUUGGUCUUCACUUUUGCUGGUGAAGCCUGCAAAAGGGUGAUAUUUAAUGUACCCUCUAAGCUAGAGGCAGACAAAUUGAUUGGCAGAGUUGAUUUGAAGGAAUGUCUCAGGUCUGCAGACUCCAUCCAGUCAAAUGAUCCUGAUUUCAGAGUUCUGGAUGACGGUUCCGUGUACACAGCCAGGGCCAUUGUGUUGUCUAGUGAGAAAAGAUCAUUCACCAUAGGACUUUCUGACAGGAAGACACAGACCCUGAAAGAGAUUUAUGUGCUCCUGGAACACCAGAAAAAGAUGUUGAAGAAAAGACACACUAAAGAAACUGUUCUCAGGAGAGCCAAGAGGAGAUGGGCACCUAUUCCUUGUUCAAUGCAAGAGAAUUCCCUGGGCCCCUUCCCUCUGUUUCUUCAACAAGUUCAAUCUGAUGCAGCACAGAAUUAUACUGUCUUCUACUCAAUAAGUGGGCGUGGAGUUGACCAAGAACCUUUAAAUUUGUUUUUCAUAGAAAGAGACACUGGAAAUUUGUAUUGCACCCGGCCCGUGGAUCGUGAGGAAUAUGAUGUUUUUGAUUUGAUUGCCUACGCAUCAACUGCAGAUGGGUACUCGGCGGAUUUACCUCUUCCACUACCCAUCAAAGUGGAGGAUGAAAAUGACAACCACCCUAUUUUCACAGAAACAAUUUAUAAUUUUGAAGUUCCAGAAAGUAGUAGACUUGGUACAACAGUGGGAGUGGUAUGUGCCACAGACAGAGAUGAACCAGACACAAUGCACACACGUCUGAAGUACAGCAUUUUGGAGCAGAAUCCGAAAUCACCUGGGCUCUUUUCUGUGCAUCCCAGCACAGGUGUGAUCACCACAGUUUCUCACUACUUGGACAGAGAGGUUAUAGACAAGUACACAUUGAUAAUGAAAGUCCAAGACAUGGAUGGUCAAUUUUUUGGAUUGUCCAGUACAUCAACUUGUAUCAUAACAGUAAAAGAUUCAAAUGACAAUGCACCUACUUUCAGACAAAAUGCUUAUGAAGCAACAGUAGAUGAAAAUACAUAUAAUGUGGAAAUCUUACGAAUACCUAUAGAAGAUAAGGAUUCAAUUAAUACUGAAAAUUGGAGGGCUAAUUUUACCAUUUUAAAAGGAAAUGAAAAUGGUUACUUCAAAAUUAGCACAGACAAAGCAACUAAUGAAGGUGUUCUCUGUGUUGUAAAGCCACUGAAUUAUGAAGAAAAUCAUCAAAUGAUCUUAGAAAUUGGAGUAAACAAUGAAGUUCCAUUUAUUAGAGAUAUUGCAACCAGAGUACCCACCAUGAAUCGAGCUUUGGUUACUGUUCGAGUGAAGGAUCAGGAUGAAGGGCCUGAAUGUAACCCUCCAGCUCAGUAUGUGCGAAUUAAAGAAAACUCAGCAGCGGGGUUAAAGGUCAAUGGCUAUAAGGCAUAUGACCCUGAAACUAAAAAUAGCAAUGGCUUAAGAUACAAAAAAUUGCAUGAUCCUAAAGAAUGGAUCAGCAUAGAUGAAAUUUCGGGAUUAAUAACAGUUUCCAAAGUCCUGGACAGAGAAGUUAUGGCUCCCAGAAAUGAUGUUUAUAAUGUUACAGUCCUGGCAAUAGACCAAGAUGGCAGAUCAUGUACUGGAACUCUUGCAGUGAACAUUGAAGAUGUGAAUGACAACCCUCCCCAGUUACUCCAAGAUUACCUUGUAGUUUGCAAACCAAAGAUGACAUACGUUGACAUUUCAGCCAUCGAUCUUGAUGAACCUGUCCAUGGAGCUCCAUUUCAUUUCAGCUUGGCAAACACCUCUCCAGAAGUCAAUAGAAUAUGGACCAUCAACAAAGUUAAUGAUACAGCUGCCCGUCUGUCAUACCGGAAAAAUGCUGAACUUCAAAAAUAUAUCAUUCCUAUUACUGUGAAAGACAGAGCGGGCCAAUCUGCAACCCGAAACUUGCGAGUUGAUCUCUGUGACUGUACUCACCCCAGUCAGUGUGUCUCAACUUCAAGAAGUGCAGACGUGUCACUUGGAAAAUGGGCCAUCCUUGCAAUAUUACUGGGCAUAGCACUACUGUUUUCUGUAUUGCUGACUUUAGUAUGUGGAGUUGUUAGUGCCAGAAAAGGGAAAAGUUUCCCUGAAGAUUUAGCACAGCAGAACUUAAUUAUAUCGAACACAGAAGCACCUGGAGAUGAUAGAGUGUGUUCUGCUAAUGGAUUCACAGCCCAGACUGCCAACAACUCUAGUCAUGGCUUUUGUGGCACCUUGGGAUCUGGAAUCAGAAAUGGAGGGCAGGAAACUAUCGAAAUGGUGAAAGGACACCAGACCCUGGACUCCUGCCGGGGGGCUGGGCAUCAUCACACACUGGAUUCCUGCAGGGGAGGACAUGUGGAUGUGGACAACUGCAGAUACACUUACUCCGAGUGGCACAAUUUCACUCAGCCCCGACUUGGAGAAAAGUUGCAUGUGUGCAAUCAGAAUGAAGACCACAUGCCAUCGCAAGACUAUGUCCUCACAUAUAAUUACGAAGGAAGGGGAUCUCCAGCUGGUUCUGUAGGUUGCUGCAGUGAAAAACAGGAAGACGAUGGACUUGACUUUCUAAAUAAUUUGGAACCCAAAUUUCUUACAUUAGCAGAAGCAUGCACGAAGAGAUAAUGUCACAGUGCUGCAAUUAGACACGUCCUUGUGAGGCAUUCUGGAUGUUUCAAAAUCAGAUAUACAUGGUCCUGGACUUAACAAUGGUUUGACUUACAGGUUUUUGUUAUUUUUUUGACUUUGUGAUAAUCUGAAAAUGAUACACAUUCAUGGGACACUGGACUUUGAAAUUUGAAUUUUGACUUUUUCCUAGUUGGCAAUAGGCUGUAUGACACUCUUAUAAUGCUGUGCAGCAGCAAUGAGCCUCAGCUCCCAGUGAGCUGGGCCUUCAUGACGGGAAGCAACUGAUGCUUCACAGGAUAUUGCGUUGCUAAGCUACGAGGUUUGGUAAAUAAGGUGUAUCAAAUGCAUUUUCAGUUUAAUGACGUUUUUGGCUUAUGACAGUUUUACUGGAACAAAACCCCAUCAUAAGUAGAGGAGCAUCUGUAUAUAUAAUGGAUUGUUCUAGAUUUUGAAAUAUAUGACUUACCAAAUUUGUAUUUUAGAAGCAAUUUGUUACUUAUCUUUUCCAAGAAGUGAAAAAUGUUAAAACAGACAACUAGCAAAUAUCAUGCUAUAGUAUUGGAAUUACGGUCUAUAAAGGAUCCAUUCUCUAAAGAUAUUUUUCUGAUAAAUGUUUUGGGUAAAUAUUAGUUCAAAAAUAGCAAAGCUAUUAUCAUAUACUAAUUUCAAGGGAUAGGUUAAAAAAUAGACAAGAAAUGUUAAAUAUGAACAAAGUUUUGAGAAAAAAAAUCAUUAAGAGUAAGUUAAAUUAAAAUUUUUGUUGCUCUGAAGAUUUGGGAUCAACCCUCACCCCAUUUUCACUAUCAAAUUCCUCAUUUGACCUUGAAGGCAAAAUUUGCUGAACUAGCCUAUUUGAGUGGCAAUAGUCUAUAGGUAUAUGUUCAAAAUUAAUAUGUAUGGGUAUGAAAUUAUUAUCAAUUUAACAUUAAAAAUGAAAUGAAAACAAAAAUGAAAGCGACAACUUAAAAUGAGGCUGGGCUGUGGUUUGUCCUUUAAUAACAAUCAGAGGUUUUAAAAAAAAACCAGAGCUUCUUAUGCCUAGUUCUUACAUACUAUGUGAUAACUGAGUAUAUCAGGAUAGUUUAUGUUCACAUGUAUAAUUUGCUUAAACUUGUAAGCAAAUUAUACUUGUUUUUUAAAUUAUACUUCUUCAAUAGGAAGAAAGGAGGGAACCAACUGGAACGGUAAAUUUGUUUUGCAAUAUAAAGAUUUCUGUGUCCACAAAUUAGUAGCAGACAAGGAAAUACCCGCCAUAGUUAGGACUCCCAGAUUUCUGGUGGAAGGUUCCAUAAAUAAGGUGUUUUUCCUGGGAUCAAAUACUAAAACCAUAUUUUAAACCUUAUCUCUGCUGAAAUUAAAUCCUCUAUCACCAUUUUUUUCUCUCUCUCCUAUUUAUGAACAUCUUUUUUUAUUUAGAACCAAAUACCCAUGUCUUCUAAGUCACAAUGUAGUGGCUACAUGGAACGGGGAGGCAAAUCUUACUGAGACCAUCCAGUUGGCAGUGGCUGUCCAUCAACUCAAUCCUAUAGACUAUCACCAUUUAUACUGCGUUCUAAUCAGAAACAGGGGGCUAUGACAUGUUUUCCUGACUCACUCUCUUGUUAUAAAGUGGCACUGGCUUGAUUCAAGAUAAGCCAGGUUUCAAGAGCCCCCUUCUUUUAUUUCUCUCCCAUCACUGUCCUCCAAACUUCUAGGAGACAUUCACUUAAGUGGCCAGUACUCUAGAUUUUCAAUCAUCUUUCAGUGUAAAGUAUUGUUUUUUAAUCAAUUUAUUUUGGAACAAGAAAUGUUGCAUAGAAGAAAUCUGGAAUUCAGAAUGCAUGAAAGAAAGAGAUCAAGUUGUCCUUGAGAACACAGUGGAGGGCAGGCCCAAGAGAUCAAAUUGUCAUUUUGGAAGAGGGCCAGCCUGAGUGGAGUAUUUGGAAAGUCAGAGAGCAACAGGCCUUCAAGGUCAUGGAGAGACACCAGCAAACGUUGGGAGUGGUAGUGAAGGCCAGUGGUCUGCCUCAUAACUCUUUCCUAUGCCUGGCCCUACUUUUCCCUUCUUAAGUCAGUGCAGCAGUGGUUUGAUUGUGGAGAAGUGUCUGCCAACCCCUUCGUCAUGUCUCUUCUUGUUUGGAGUGUGGAAUAGGGAGAGGGCGGGCUGCAUGAUGAACCUGAGGCUUUCAGGAUGGGUCUGAACUGGUUGUGCAGAACAAACAAGGCACUCAAGAAGAAAGCCUGAUUCCCUCUGGACAUGAAGAAAGUCUUUACCCUAAAAGUGGUUCUAAACUUCGGAUUGGGUUCUCCAUUUUCCUUUCUCUCAUUUACUGCUGAACUCUAGGUUUUUUAGACUUAGAUUUUUGAUACAGUCAUUUUCCAAGACUUCUAAUUUUAAUGUAAUCAUUUGAACAUGUAGAGUUGUUCUUUUCUUCCAUGUGUAAGGUGAAAAUUAUGCUAUUUUAGUGUAUAAGAAUUUUUUUAAAAAAAUUUACAUUUUUUCCUUGGGUUUUUAAAUUGUAAAUAUGCAGAUUGUUUUUUUCUUACAUUUAUAAGGAAGCAGUUAACUAUCUCAAGUGCAAUGGGGUUUAUUUUGCCAUGUUUUAAAUACAGCUUUAAUUUUGUCAUUAGAAGAAACUACUUUGUUUUAAAGAAACUUGGCAGGCUAAAAUAAGCAAAGAUUCAAUGUGUAAAUAGUACUUACAGUCAUACAAUAUAAUAAAAUAGUGCUAAUGUGGUUUCUUGUCUGUACUGUGUUUAGAGACUGAUUUGGUAUAAAUUGCAAAAUUGUUUUUCAGGUUAGCAUAGAAAUAGAAUUCCUCAACAGAGUCACUGUUGUAUUUAUGGGGAAUAUUUCAAAGAAUGGGACAUUAUCAAGUUGUCAAUAUCAUUAAUAUAUAUUAUACUUUGAGGUGAGAUUGCUAUUUUGAGGUACUGCUUUUUAAAUGGGUAUCUACCUAUGUGUAUGUUUACAUUGGAGUUUGAUUUCUCAUGAAUAUUAUUACAAGGUAAUUAUAAUUGCAAGGUGUUCCAGAAAUAGUUCACUCAGACAGGAGUUUUAUUUUGAGGACCAGUAUAGUCAAGGGAAAACAUUAUGAGUUUAAAUAACAAAAAUCCAAAGCAGGCACUCAAUAUUCCAAUCUGGGUUCCUUCACUUACUUGAUAGAUAAUGUCUGACUUUUAUCACAAGAUGAUCCAAACCAAAUAAGGUGGUGUGUACUUCAUAGUGAAUCUUUUCCCCAUGUAUGAAAGUGAUCCCUUACAAAGGUGAGAUUUUCCAUUUCAAAAAUUUGUUAGUUGAAUCUAAAGUCUUAAAUUUUAAAUAUACUUUGGAACAGAAUUUCAAUUGCAGGAACUUUUAUUGUGAUCAUUAUUUUUGUGUGCAAGUAUUUGACUUCAAGGAUGUUCAUUAGAUUUUUGUCUGUAGUAGCAAAACAUUGACUAAAUUCCAUGUGUCCAGCAGUAUUGAUUUAGUUAAAUAUUGAGUCAUAAUAGUUGGGCGCAUAGACACUAGAGCCAAAUUGCUUGGAUGUGAAUCCCAGCUCUGUUACUAGCGGGGUCUCUUAGGCUCUGUAUCCUCUCUCAGCUUUUUCAUCUUUAACAUCAGAACAACAAUAUCAACUUUAUGGGAUUAAAGUUUAUACAAUAUCAACUUUAUGGGAUGAUUAAAUUAAUGAACAUAUUUAAAGCAUGUAGAGCAUUGCCUGCACAUAGUAGAAAAUUGGGUUAGGUAUAUAGUCAGUAAAAUCAUAUAGUUGAAUAUGCUAUAAAACAAUAUCUGCUCUUUUUUCAGGGUCAAAAUGUUUGUGCUUACCUCAGGGGAAGGAGGGGAAGAAACCUGAAUAGAGUCUUCCAAGAGAAUAGAAUUAUGAUUGACUUUUGCAUUCUGAGUUUAUUUUCUACAACCAAAGAACAAAAUUUUGAAGUGUGUGUUUGUAAGGUGCUACCAGACUAAACAGCUUCUUUUCAGCUUUUUAUUAUUUAGAAUUAGAGUUGGUGGCAUAAAUGGAAAACUUAGUGUCCAGGGUAAGUUGGCAACCCUCUAUGCUCUGAUAACUUAUUGUGGUUCCACAUUUGAAUUUCAAAGCUUGUGUUUUGUCUUUGGUUUUUUAACAAAUCGUAGUGAAAGUCACAAACUAUAAAUUUCACCAUUUCAACCAUUGGUAAUUGUACAAUUCAGUUGCAUUUAGUACAUUCAGAAAUUUGUGCGCCUAUCACCACAAUCUAGUUCAGAACAUCUUCAGUACUGCAGAAGGAAAACAUUUAAGCAGUCAUUCCCUAUUUCUCUACAGCCCCAGGAAUUAAAAAUGCCUCCCAGGGGCUGGGAUUGUGGCUCAGCAGUAGAGCACUCACCUAGCACAUGUGAGGUGCUGGGUUUGAUCCUCAGUACCACAUAAAAAUAAAAUAAGGUAUUGUGUCCAACUACAACUAAAACAAAAUAUUUUUAAAAAUGCCUCCCUUCACUUUGGAAAGAAAUCCUAGGACAUCUGAAAGGAUCUGAAUAUUUUCAGAAAUAAAUAGGACUAUCAUUCUCUUGUCUAAUUGAAAAUCAGGAUCCUUUUGUGACAAUCAAAUGAAUGAAAGCAAAAACAGAUCUGAUAAUAAGAAUAACAGUAUAUACUAAUUUGUUAUUUGUAGAAACAUUGUACCCUUUUGUAAGAAUUUACAGCUACAAAAAUGGUCAUUGUUAAUGGUCACAAAGAAAACUGAACACCAAUGCUAUAAUAGGUAAUGUUUGAUACAAAUACUCAAUUGAGCAAAUGCAUCAAUUUUAUAUUAAAAUACAAAGAUAUUUAUUCGUAUUUAAUUAAUUUCAGUGAGAUAUAGAAUACAAAAUUGGGACAAGUUUAAUUUUGUUGUACAAGAAUUCAGAAAAUUAAAAUUCCUUAAUUUUAUCUGGAAAAUAUUUUCCAAACAAGUUUGUCAACCUGGUCGUAAUGUUACUAUCCCUACUCAGAACGGUAAACUCUUCUAUUAAGUUGAAACUCACACUUCCAAUUGGCUUUAUUUUUUCUGUUCUUCUGAUGAGAAUAGUAGAACUGUAUCUGUCUUUCUGUCUAUCCAUCCUCUACAUGCUGCCUGAAGGAGUUGGAUCUGGAGUGUGAUCUCUGAUGAAGGCCCAUGUUGUGUCCUGUGCUGGGAUGCUUUCUGUGUAGCAUCAUUGAACUUUAGGUAGUCCCUGUCUACAUUUUGCAUAUUCAUCUUAUUAUCAUAUUCAUCACUGAAAUACUAGCCUCUGCUUGAAAAUAAAUUCACCAAAGCUUAGCAGUCUCGUAUCUAUCUAUAAAGAAACUAUCAGACUUGCCAGCAUAUAAGAUACAUUUUCUUCUAGAUUGUGCCUUAGGGAGUUUCAAGAGACUCUCAAACUGUCCCUGUCUGAGGACUGACAAACAUUAGGACUUGGGGGAACAGAAAAGCCAAAGAGUUUAAUUAUGGGUGACUGGGGAGGGAAAAAGGGUGAUAAAGAAAUUAUUAUUUUUCCAAAAAUAUGAGCUUGUAAUACACAAAAAUUUUUGCAAUUUAUUUUUUCUUUCUGGCAAUUUAAUUUGUUCUCAGCACCCAACUCCAAUUCCAUUUAAGCAGACAUCUUUGUGUUGAUUAAUCUCUCUGAGGGUUUACCAUAGGAUUAAAAGAGCCUCCUGGUUUGAAGCCCUCAGAAGCUCUGCUCUGUGAUUAGUGUGGGCACUGCCUCAGUGACCACUGGUAUGAGUCAGUUUCCAAACAUCAGCCUCUCUCCUUCCCCUGCCCUUGUGCUCCCUGAUCAGAGCUGGCAAAUAUUAACACUAAACCUCAGAAAAGUCAAGGUGAAAAUAAAACCCUAAAUGAUUGAGAUUCAUCUUCUAUCACUUGGCUCAAGGUAGACUUGAUAUAGAAACUUAUUAAUAUAAAAACAAAAGAAAAUAUAUUUUUGGGAUAUAUGAGAGAUGCAAAGAUCCUUGCCUAUAUUUCAACAAAGAAGCCAUUAGAAAUAAAUCCAAGAAAUAAACUGGUUUACACUGUUCUUUUAAUUUUUUGACUAGGUAAGUUCUACAUGAGUCCUGAAGGUAGGAGAGGCUUGGUGUAUGCCUUUGCCUCUGGCUCCCAGUGUCCAUGGCUUCUUUUCAAGUAUCUGCCAGAGAGAGGGGGCACACCCUUCCACACACCUUCACACCUCUCCUCUCCUCUAGAGGGAACAGGAGUGGCUCCUGGGGCAGGACAAACACAUUGACAGAGCCUGGAAUCAUGUUGUUAGUACAUAUAACUUCAAAAGUAGAAGGUUCUUCAGGGGCAAAUUUGAAAAUGCUAAGUUCUGGCAGAAAAACUUAUAAACUCUCUCUUGUAUAAUUUUUUCUCUGACUCCUGUGAACAAUGCAAUCACUGUGGGAAGAACAUGCACUUUGGGUACUACCAACUAGCAUUUUCCUUGGCCCAGGCUAAUAGAUACAGAUGCACAGGGACACUAAAAAUGUUGUUGCUGAAUUCUCAACACAAUUUAUAUUGAUUUUAUUAUUUUCUUUUCAAAGUGCCUUAAGGUAAAUGUAUGUUGUGUGAUGUAAGUGCAUACACAUUCAUUUUAUUAAAAAGAUAGAUUUCAAUUGUCACCUAAACAGAUUUGCUCUCUUUACAUAUAAAAUUUGAGUCUGUGUCA